CAUAGCAGAGCCUGUGAGCUCAGCUGAAGGCCCUCAUCCUGCAAGCUUGCACUGCGCAGACAGUGGUGACUUUUUCUCAAAGAGCUUGGGAGAUCAUGGUUCAGUUUCCUUCGACAGGCACCUUUAUUUAAAAAGUCCUUUGCAGAAUUGGGAGGAAAGAACUUGAAGUGGCCAGAAAUAGGAGGCAUAAAAGGAACCUGAAUCCUUUGGAUCUGUCUUCUUGCACCUUCUGUUGGGGAAAUCUUUUACAACAUCCAUGAAGCCUUUGCACUCAGACAAUGUGGGGGUUGAUUAAUUGUGGCCCUCCACUUGAAAACACUGGUAUAGCACUGCAAGUGACUUUUGUCUUAUUAUCCCCUGUCUUGCCCCUCUGUCAUUCCUUUCUCUCUGGUUCUCUAGCCAUGGGACCCCCUCUUCAAAUGUCCAUAUUGCUGUGGGCAGAAGCAGGGAGCUGUUUACUGCAGCCAGGAUCACAGCAGUUUCAGCAGGAAGAGGAGGACAGCCGGCCAGGAACAUUCACCUGCUUUCUGCAUGGGCAUGACAGGCCUGAUUCAGAAGGCUUUGAAGCAGGUUAAGACAGAAGCUCAUGCAUACAUUUAAACUUAAGUCCUUUGCACAGCAGGGCUGCUUUACAAACUUGAAGCUCUAUUUGUCAUGGAGUGGAAAUGUAUCAGGUUUCUGUUGUCUGUCUCCUUGCUUUUUAAAAGCUUUAUUGGACUGUUUCUUUGGCUGUAGCAGGAGAUCGUUUAGAAGAAACUGCAUUAACUUAGCAAAAGUGGUAAAGGCAAGUCCUGAAGAGGCUCUGCCAGCACAGUACUAUGCUAUUUGCAAUGGAUGCUGUCAGUUAAACCUGUGCAUCUCAACCUUUUUGCAACUGUCUCACUUCAGCCUCUCCAUCUCCUUGAGCCCAAGGUUGAUCCUGCCUUCUCAUCUUCAUCUCCCUUCUCUUCAAAGCUUUUGCCUUUAGACAGCUGCCCUGUGAGGCCUGCUGCCCCUUGCUCUGCUGCCAGCUCCAGCACUGCCAGAGCUCAGCCUGAGCAAGGAGCCUCCUCGAGACCAGCUGCUGACCGAGCUGAUCGUGUUUGAAGUCAGCACUGGCCCCACAAGAGUGCGCACUCUUCAGUUCUGGCUGCCCCUUGCCUAGGAUGGGCUCCUGCCCAGCAGGAACUGUUAGCACAGAAGAAGAAUGACACCUACCUGCUGUUGACCAGUGUUUAGAGCUGUAGUUGGAAGAUCUCCGUAAUCCAACAAGAAGCAACUUCUGAGCCUAGCGAGGGACAGGAUGUGCUUGUGCACCCUGCUCGGCAAUGCUGCCUUGCACGCUUGAGAGUAAACUUUAGUAUAUGGACAGGAGACUUGAUCGCAGCCUGUGUGCCUGUAGACUCACCAGGUCUGGGAUGGAAAAUCCCUUUCUGGGGAAAAUUUAAGCAAGUGAGAGGUUUAAAACCUCUCUAGUGCCAUUUGUGUUUCUUGUUUCCUGUCUGUCAGUAUGUAGUCACUAAUAAAUGAGCAAGAAAAAAUAACUGAAUUGAAAUGAAACCAUUAACAAACUGAUCCCUUGGAAACAUUAUGGCAACAAUGAUAGUGAAGCAAGGCUGCCUGUAACCUACCUUGGCACAUGUAGGGCGUUCUGCAAAGUGUAGUCCGUGCACUUGAAUUCUUCUGGAAGAUGCUGAUGUUUACUGUGGUAUCUCUUCUUUGCUCCUGCACUUACAUUUGUGUUGCUCCAGUACCUGACAGGGGAAGGAUGCUGUGUCUUUAAAGCCUUCUCAGGGCUGUGCGGAGGCAGUUCCAUUGAAGUAUUUGAAUGAGAGCAAGAGGGGGGUGUGCAUGUGGCUAUUGGCAGAGCUCUCUAUGACAUCCCUCUGAACAGCUGGGCUCUGCUUUGCUUCAGAGCUGCUUGUCAGAGCAAUUAGCUUGCUGUAGCAGCAGCAAAGAUCGCUAGCAUUUUAUUCAGGGUUGAGAGCUGGCGGGGGCUUCUAAGAAGCAGUAUUAUCUUGGCAAAAUUCCUCUUGAACUGGUUGUGGCAAUGAAGUCUCCAUUGAAAUCAGGAAACAGAUGACCUGCUGAGAGUGCAAAACCACCACGUAUAGGUAUAAGUGCAAGCGAGUGUUUCAGGGAUGGGGACCUGACAUCAUUCAUCUCUGGUGCUCAUUGCUACGUUGUAGGGCUCUGAAGAUGUCAAACAGCAACACAGCACAGGAGUCUCUGGAAAUAAUGAAGGAGUCUGAAAAAAAGAUGGUUGAGGAAUCUGUGAACAAAACCAAAUAUGUAUCCAGGUCACCAAGCAAGGAGGAGGUGGAGAAGGAUGGGGGGGAGGAGGUCAGCGUGCGCCAGGAAUCUCAGAGGCGAACUUCGAGUCAUGGACAUGCCAGAAAAAGAGCCAAGUCUAAUUCAAAGCUUAAACUGGUCAGGAGUUUGGCUGUAUGUGAAGAAUCGUCUAGCCCCUUUGUAGAUGGGCUGCUGGAGUCCCAGGACAUCAUUCAGUUGCACGUUAGCUGCCCCUCUGACAAGGAAGAGGAAAAGUCCACAAAAGAUGGGGCUGAGAAAGAAGAAAAAGACAAGAAUAAAGAAAAGGCACCAAGGAAAAUGCUGUCUCGAGAUUCCAGCCAGGAAUAUACAGACUCCACUGGAAUAGAUUUGCAUGAAUUUUUAGUAAAUACACUGAAAAAAAACCCACGGGAUAGAAUGAUGCUACUAAAGUUAGAACAGGAGAUUCUGGAAUUUAUUAGUGAUAACAACAAUCAGUUUAAGAAGUUCCCUCAGAUGACCUCAUACCAUAGGAUGCUGCUGCACCGGGUAGCUGCCUACUUCGGCAUGGACCAUAACGUUGACCAAACCGGGAAGGCGGUCAUUAUCAACAAGACCAGUAACACACGAAUCCCUGAGCAGAGGUUCUCUGAGCACAUCAAAGAUGAGAAGAAUGCAGAGUUCCCGCAGAGGUUUAUCCUAAAACGAGAUGAUACCAGCAUGGACCGAGAUGAUAAUCAGAUCAGACUCCCCUUGCAGGAUGGGAGAAGGAGCAAAUCUAUAGAAGAGCGAGAGGAAGAGUAUCAGCGGGUCAGGGAGCGGAUAUUUGCACGAGAGACUGGCCAGAAUGGAUAUCUCACCGACAGCAGACUCUCCAAAGAAGGCUUUUCUUCUAGUUCUCACAAACGGAGGCAGAUUUUUAGGGGCAACCGGGACAGUUUGAACCGGGCCUCAGGCAGCCGCCAGAGCAGCACAGAGAGCGAGAUAAAGUCACUGGAGCCUCGGCCAUGGAGCAGCACAGAUUCAGAUGGCUCCAUCCGCAACCUGCGACCACCUGUUACCAAAGCCAGCAGCUUCAGUGGCAUCUCCAUCCUGACACGGGGGGACAGCAUCGGGAGUAGCAAAGGCAGCACUGCCAGCAGAACGUCCCGGGCAGGUUCCAACCCUGCCAUGCCUUUCUCUGUUCAAGGUUUGGUACUAGGCACCCCUGAAGCAUGCAGCCAAUCCCCUUCCUCACAGCCCAGCCGUGGCCUCCUACCCUGCACAACCCAGCAGCCUCAACCACAGCCACCCCAACAGCCGCCACCACAGCCCCAAGGACUUCCACCUGCAGCCCAGCAGCAGCCAGCUAUGAUAUCCCAGCCGGUCCCAGCGCUGCAGCCUGUUCAGUAUUCUCCAAGCUCCUGCCCCCAAGUCCUCUUGCCAGUCUCUCCACCCCAGCAGUACAACUUGGCCGACGAACUCAGCAACCCCUUUGGGCAGAUCAGCCUCAGCCGACAGGGCUCUACGGAAGCAACGGAUCCUUCCUCGGCUAUGUUCCAGUCAUCCCUCAUCUCCCAGCAUCCUCAGCAGACAGGAUUCAUCAUGGCAACCCCUGGGCAGCCCAUUCCCACCUCCAACUAUUCUGCUUCAGGGCACACGGCCCCCACACAGCAGGUGCUGCAGCCCCAGGGCUACAUUCAGCCUCCCCAGCAAAUUCAGGUUUCUUACUACCCUCCUGGGCAGUACCCGAACUCCAGCCAGCAAUACCGAUCUCUCAGUCACCCAGUGGCCUACAGCUCCCAGCGCACUCAGCAGCUCCCCCAGCAGUCCCAGCAGCCUGGUUUACAGCCAAUGAUGUCCAACCAGCAGCAAACAUACCAAGGUGUAAUGGGAGUGCAGCAGGCGCAGCCCCCUGGGCUCCUCAACAGCCAGAGGAACAGCAUGGGGGGCCAGAUGCAGAGUAUGAUGGGUGUGCAGCAGGCGCAGCCCCCUGGCCUUCUCAGCAGCCAGAGGAGCAGUAUGGGGAGCCAGAUGCAAGGCCUGAUGGUCCAGUACACUCCACUGCCUUCGUACCAGGUUCCCGUGGCCAAUGAGUCCCAGAGUGUGGUCCAGCAGCCCUUCCAGCAGCCAGUGCUUGUACCAGCCAGCCAGUCUGUUCAAGGGGGGCUUCAGACUGGAGGGGUACCCAUCUACUACAGCGUCAUCCCAACUGCCCAGCAGAACGGCACCAGCCCUUCGGUGGGGUUCCUUCAGCCACCCGGCUCUGAACAGUAUCAGAUGCCACAGUCUCCAUCACCCUGCAGCCCGCCACAGAUGCAGCAGCAGUAUUCAGGGGUGUCUCCAUCAGGCCCUGGCGUGGUUGUGAUGCAGCUGAAUGUACCCAAUGGCCCCCAGGCCCCCCAGAAUCCCCCUGUGGUGCAGUGGAGCCACUGUAAGUACUACAGCCUGGACCAGCGGGGGCAGAAGCCAGGAGACCUGUACAACCCAGACACCAGUGCUCAGGCCAGCACCCAGCUGAACAGCCCCAUCACAUCCCCCACCCAAUCCCCGACGCCGUCUCCUGUCACCAACCUCAACAGUGUCUGCACGGGGCUGAGCCCCCUCCCUGUCCUCACACAGUUCCCCCGGCCCAUGGGCCCGGCACAAGGCGAUGGGCGCUACUCAUUGCUGGGCCAGCCGCUGCAGUAUAAUCUGUCUAUCUGUCCCCCACCACUGCUCCACAGCCAGCCCAACUACAAUGCACACCAGGGGCAGACUGGAAUGAAACAUGGAAACCGGAGCAAGAGACAGGCCCUCAAGUCAGCAUCCACUGACCUUGGGACAAGUGAUGUAGUGCUGGGUCGAGUGCUGGAGGUGACAGACCUGCCAGAGGGCAUCACACGGACAGAGGCUGACAAGCUCUUCACCCAGCUCGCCAUGGCUGGUGCCAAAAUCCAGUGGCUCAAAGAGACUCAGGGGCGCCGUGGAGAUGGAGGUGGCGGGGACAACAAUGGGACUCCAGAGAACGGCAGGCACAGUGACCUUGCUGCCUUAUACACCAUCGUGGCCGUGUUCCCCAGCCCGCUGGCUGCCCAGAAUGCCUCCCUCCGCCUCAACAACUCCCUCAGCCGCUUCAAGCUGCGUGUGGCCAAAAAGAACUACGACUUGCGGGUGCUGGAGCGUGCCAGCUCACAGUAGGGCUCACGCAUGGGCACAGAGCACACUGGACUGUGGGCACUUCCCUCUGCCUUCUAUUUUCCUUUCUGCCCUCCCUUCCUCUCGCCCUCCUUCCUGGAUCUAUUUAUAUGGACAUAAUUAAGAGAUAAGAAAUUGAUUUUUUUUUUUAUUAUUAUUAUUAUUUUUGGAGUGAUGCCCAUGCCCGCCCACCUUACCCUGUGUAUAUUGUUUUGUUAAGCACUGUGUUGAACCGCACAUACAGGUGUUGAUUGGUAUGUU